UCGCUGUCGCCCGGGCUCCAGGUCGUCGCUUUGGUUCCUAGAUCUCACACAUCACACAUGAGUGACACUGUGACACAUCUCCACAGACUCCACAGUCCACCUAAUCCUUCCCAGUUCCUGUAGCCUGGCUUGCUAAUCCGCCCUAAUCCAGGAUCGUCGGCUCACUUUCGUACUUUGCCCUAACACCUAUUCUCCAUUCCCUAUCUUAUUUUCAACCCAACAGACGUUUAUUGAGUUUAUCAAACUCACCCCAUCAGCGACCAGUGUCGAUACAUCCCUUGUUCGCAUCCGGAGUAUGAAAACCGAAACCUUUUCCAAUCUGCGUUAAUACCUCAUUGAGCCUUAUUUCCUGCCCGGCCGAGACGAGCACGACUGAGGCACUCCGUUACCGCUUCCAGUCUGGCUUCAUCCGUCGGCUCUAACGCGUGGACAGAUAGUGCACACCCUCUCCGUUGCCGCAUAUAGUCCCCCUUGGGCGUGUCAUGAAGUUAUGGAGGACGUUGAAUUUACUUCCUCGCAAUCAAGAUCCACCAAGGCGAUCUGUGGAAAAUGCGGCACUCACUUUGGCAACUUCUAUGACAGUUGGCAGCAGAUCACCGGUUCUUAUUUCCUCCCUUCACUUCCAGCUAGCUACGAGGUUCCGGGUCUGGUGGAAAAGAAAAUCCCAUUGCAAGCAUCUUCCAAAAGUGACCUUCGAGGCUGUGAGGUCCUCCCACUCCCAUGCAGACAUUGCGGCGAGAGGAUAGCGAUUCGGAUAUUGCAGACUCCAAUAGAAACAGAACAUCUUCUAGGAUGCGAGAUUUUCAAGCAUAAGUCAAUCAUAUUCCGAAACGAAGACACAGGCAAGGAAGUGCAACCUGAUGUGGUGGAAUAUGCUGCAAAGUCGAGACCGUCCUUAGGUGCAACGCGAACCACAGCGACGAACCAUAUCGAAACUCCUGCGAGCUCGAAGUCCACUGUUCCCACCGAGCCCAGUUUUCAUCCUCCUGCCGUAACAGACAUGUCGGCGUCAACUACUCUCCCGCCGAUACAACGGCAGCUCUCUGGGGAUCAUCCAGGGUCUCUUCCACCACUUCUACAGUCCAAAUCAGUUCAAUUGUCACCUCACGCACAGUCUAUGCAAAUGCCAGCGACCAAUGGCACUAGCUACCCAUCACAGUUCCAGGUCAAAAUGGACGCGAUUGAUCGCAUUCAGACCCAGGUCAACUACAAUCGCGCGACUCUCGAAUUACAGAGUCGGGAGUUGAAACGAGUGGAGUCCGCAGUGGGUGGCAUUCAGCAUGAUAUUCGCUCACUCUUCAGGCUCGUCGAGGAUCUGCGUCGACCUGGGGCGACCGGAAGAAAAGAAUCUCGCGCUGGUGUUGAUGACUCCGAUCUAGAACUCUUUUCCCAAACCCUAGCCAAUAUCGCUGCUAAAACGAACGAAAUCGACGGGAUAAAGUUGCAGAUGGAAGUCCUCAAACGAAAAACCAAACGACUCGAGGAAAACACGGCUGGUCCAGUGACUCCUUCAGGUUCGUCGCAAAGAGAGUCGUCUGUUUUACCACCAUUGCCAGGGAGUGCUGGGCCUCUGGCGAGUCUUGCCGAAACAAGACCGACAUAUCCUCAUCACAGUCUUCCUCAUGAGAAAUCUGGCCCUCAACCAAGCGGAUGGGCGACGGUCAACCCAGGGACGAAGCGACCGUUGGUGAAUGGAACUGAUGCGUACGCGACCAACCACACGCCCGUCGGGUCGCCGAAACGUCUCAAACUUGCGCCUCUAGGACCGCGAGAGAGCUAUCCAUCGCAGCAUCAACGCAUGGAUGCUGAUGACUACUCGUUACGUCGUUCAUCAUCUUUCCCCGAGAAAACGAAUUCAGGAUACGGAAUCAAUCAAGAUCAAGCGGAAGAACACUGGCGAGCGGAUCACUAUGUGUCCCAAAGAGGCAGGGAAACACCUCGUGGCCCAGGAAGGCCACGCAAAUACCCUAGCGUGGAAGGUGCGGAGUCUACUGAGUGGGAGCGUGAUCAGGGUCGGGUAUCAGGAGCGUACGAUCCCUCGGACGCGUACUACCAACAGCGCCGCGGAUCUGGUGUCAUGCGGCGAGGCUCUGGCGGAGCACUGGCCGGAACUACUGGUGGUGGCCUUGGCCGACCGAUGCCGGCACCAACGAUGACGACUACCAUCAUGGAUCCGUACGCGCAUACCAAGAAGACACGCACCAAGCCGUCGCGAAACUCCGAGGGCAUUCUCAUCCGCAAAGACGGGAGGCCGGACAUGCGAAGCCAGAGCAGCGCGGCAAAUCUACGGAAGGUGCACGCACGGAAGGAACAGGAACGCAUGGCGGAACUCGGCACCUCCCUUCCGCAUCGAGGCAGCCCUCAAGAAGGGGGUGUGGACAGCCCUCAGCAGCCGGUUCAGAGCAUUGGCGCGAAUACCCCGGACGCCGAAGGGAGCGCUGAGGUGCGGGACGAGCGAGAGAGCACGGAUGAAGGAUCGCGACAUGAGGAUGUUAUGAGGCAGAUCUUCUCACGAGGUGUAGAGCGCGAGAAUGAGAGAGUGAGUUCGGUGAGGAAGGAGCUUGAAUCUCCUGUUAGCACUGCACCAUCUACUGGGACGGAUACGGGCGCAACUUUUGCGCGGCCGACUACAGAACACGGAAUUGCAACGCAGAGUGAAUCAGGGGAGACGGAUAGGGGCGCAUCUGUCGGGCAGCCGAGUACAGAACAUGGAGUGGCAACAGAGGGUGAAUCUGGGGAGACGACUGGCGAUGGUACUGGAGCAGAGAAGCCUCCAGCUGGUCCUGAGGCCGAGGCAAAGCAGUGAUACCCAUUUCAAGCGUCGCAAUGGAGUUUCGGAUAUGGUUUUCACUAGCUAUGAUCAUGGAGAUUCGAACCAUCUAGUCAAUCAUAACUAAGGUGGUAAAGGUUCUAGGAAACCUGUUUCGGAAUUACACAACCACCGAAGAGCAUAUAGUCGACCGCGAACAGGUCCCUAGGUAGCAUUACCAAUCUAUGGACCUUGUCUCAUAAGUUGGGUCACCAUUACUCCUUCGUGCCACCGCCCGUCGCCCCAUCAUGUCUCGAAACUCGGGCUACGAGGCGCCUCGAAACAGAAAUUGCGUUCGAAGCAUAUUCAUACAACGUCCG